AUGCCACCAAAACAAGCAUCAAAGGCUGGGAAGAAAGAGCCAACGAAAAAGCCUAUGAAACCCAAAGAGGGUGGAGGAAAAGCUAAAAAGAAAAAAUGGUCUAAAGGAAAAGUUCGAGAUAAACUUGCCAAUAUGGUGUUGUUCGAUAAUGCAACUUUUGAAAAGCUGCUAAAAGAAGUCCCACAGUAUAAGGUAAUAACACCCUCGGUAGUGUCAGAACGGUUGAAAAUUCGAGCGUCUCUGGCACGGCAUGCUCUUGAGGAGCUGUGGCGUCGAGGGAUGAGACUAAAUCAAGAAACAAUAUUGGAAACAACUCGACUGUUCAUGGUUCCCUACCUAUCCGAAUAUGUUCCAAAGUACCACAGUUGGAUGCAGGAUUCGUGGCUGAGAGCAAGUACAUCUUCGGAACAGCUAACUUUAGACGAGGAAUUUGAAGCACAACAGCAAUGGUGUAAUUCAGAUGAUCGAUUAACGUUUAUUUUACUGAAUAAACAAUUAUUUCAUAAUUAUUGGUCAUUAAAAAACGCUACUACUGCUGCUACUACUACUAGUACAACCGAGAUGGAACUAGUUGAAUCCCAAUUCAAUGGUCAUAAUGAAAAUGCAGAAAUUUUCUCUAUGAUUGGUGAUGUCAAUUUGUUUAUUACAUAUUCUCAUAUUAUUAAUGAUUAUGAAGGUGAAUUAUCUGUUAUGAUUGCUGAAUCCAAAUAUCGUGGGCAAGGUUUAGCAGCUGAAGCAUUAGCUGGCAUUCUUCAAUAUGUUGGCCAUCAACGCUUACCGAUCACAUUAAAUUCAUUUGUAGCUAAAGUAUCAAUGAAUAAUGAAGCAAGUAUAAAAUUUUUUAAAAAUCGUUUAAAAUUUAUUGAACGAUCAAGAAAUCCUAUAUUCAAUGAGAUUGAAUUUGUACCAGAAAUACAACAAUUGUCAAGUGAAGAUCAGAAUCCAUUGAAAUUGAAUAAUAAUAAUAAUAAUAAUAAUAAUAAUAAUAAUAAUAAUAAUCUUGCUUUGCGUACAUCUCAACAAAUUAUCGAUCAACUUAUAAAUACAUCAUCUUCUAAAUGGUACUACAAAGAAAUGAAUUUGAACUUAUGGCGUCAAACAUGUAGGGAAUGA